GCAGCAGCAUCACCACAAGUGUGACAGACAACGCAGAACACACCGAGGGGAGCCUGAACGCAGCAGCAUCACCACAAGUGUGACAGACAACGCAGAACACACCGAGGGGAGCCUGAACGCAGCAGCAGCAGCACCACUACACGUGUAACAGACAACAAAGCAGACCACGCGCUUCAAUGAGAAGAGCUGGUGUCUCCCUGAUUAAAAGCCCUGACUCUACUGCACACACCAAGCCCAGAGAAGCAUGACUGCCUUCAACUCGCCCAGAGACAAAUACAAUGGCGUGUGGAUAGUUUUUUUUAUCCUGGGCUUGGGAACCCUCUUGCCAUGGAACUUCUUCAUGACGGCCACCAUGUACUUCACCAGCCGGCUUAAGGACCCCCCCACAGAGUCCAACCAGACGACCAACCAGACCAACGUUGGCGAGGACACGCGUAACGUCCUGGAGUCCAAAUUCAACAACGUGAUGACGCUGUGCGCCAUGGUGCCUCUGCUCAUCUUCACCUGCCUCAACUCCUUCAUCCACCAGAGGAUCCCUCAGAAGCUGCGCAUCUCUGGCAGCCUCACGGUCAUCCUGGUGGUCUUCCUGCUGACGGCCCUGCUGGUGAAGGUGGAUGUGACCCCGCUGGCCUUCUUCACGCUCACCAUGAUCAAGAUCAUCUUCAUCAACUCAUUUGGGGCCAUCCUCCAAGGCAGCUUGUUUGGUCUGGCAGGGAUUCUCCCCGCCUCCUACACAACACCCUUCAUGAGUGGCCAAGGUCUCGCUGGCACCUUUGCUGCCUUCUCCAUGAUCUGCGCCCUGGCCACUGGGUCGGCCCUGCGGGACAGCGCCUUUGGCUACUUCAUCACCGCCUGCUUUGUCAUUCUCAUGGCCAUCAUCUCCUACCUCACCCUGCCCAGGCUGGAGUUCUUCCAGUACUGCAUGGAGAGCAGCAGAUCCAGACCAUCUGGGGACGAGGACAACAAGAUGGACCUUCUCAAAAAAGAGAGUCAAGACGAGAGGCAAGCGGUGGCCAGUCUGAUGGCGGACGACAGCAAAUCUUCUGUGUCUGUGCCGAGAAUCUUCAAGAAGAUCUGGGUCACGGCUCUGUCUGUGUGCUUCAUCUUCACCAUCACCAUCGGAAUGUUCCCGGCCGUGACCGUCGAUGUCAAGUCGACGGUGGCCAACGGAGGAGGAUGGGACACCUACUUCAUACCUGUUUCCUGUUUCCUGCUCUUCAACCUGAUGGACUGGGCUGGCAGGAGUCUGACCGCCUUGGUCAUGUGGCCCAACAAGGACAGCAAGUGGCUGCCCACCCUGGUGGUCGUGCGGGUGGUGUUUGUGCCGCUCUUCAUGCUGUGUAACGUUCAUCCUCGCCACUUCCUGCCCGUGCUGUUUGCUCACGACGCUUGGUACAUCAUCUUCAUCGUCCUCUUCGCCUUCUCCAACGGCUACCUGGCCUCCCUCUGCAUGUGCUUCGGACCCAAGAAAGUCGCACAACACGAGGCGGAGACGGCGGGCGCCAUCAUGGCCUUCUUCCUGUCGCUGGGCUUGGCACUGGGGGCUGCCAUCUCCUUUCUGUUCAGGGCCAUCAUCUAGCCAGUGAAGACUGGACACCACUCAGCCUUCCACCAUCG